UCUCCAAUGCCAAAGCCUGAGCCUUCUCCAACGCCAAAGCCUGAGCCAAACCCUGAGCCUUCUCCAACGCCAAACCCUGAGCCUUCUCCAACGCCAAAGCCUGAGCCAAACCCUGAGCCUUCUCCAAUGCCAAAGCCUGAGCCAAACCCUGAGCCUUCUCCAACGGCAAACCCUGAGCCAAACCCUGAGCCUUCUCCAACGCCAAACCCUGAGCCAAACCCUGAGCCUUCUCCAACGCCAAACCCUGAGCCAAACCCUGAGCAUGCUCCAACGCCAAACCCUGAGCCUUCUCCAAGGCCAAACCCUGAGCCUUCUCCAACGCCAAAGCCUGAGCCAAAGCCUGAGCCUUCUCCAACGCCAAACCCUGAGCCAAACCCUGAGCCAUCUUCAACGCCAAAGCCUGAGCCAAACCCUGAGCCUUCUCCAACGCCAAACCCUGAGCCUUCUCCAAUGCCAAAGCCUGAGCCAAACCCUGAGCCUUCUCCAACGCCACACCCUGAGCCUUCUCCAACGCCAAACCCUGAGCCAAACCCUGAGCCUUCUCCAACGCCAAACCCUGAGCCAAACCCUGAGCCUUCUCCAACGCCAAACCCUGAGCCAAACCCUGAGCCUUCUCCAACGCCAAACCCUGAGCCUUCUCCAACGUCAAACCCUGAGCCAAACCCUGAGCCUUCUCCAACGCCAAACCAUGAGCCUUCUCCAACGCCAAACCCUGAGCCAAACCCUGAGCCUUCUCCAAGGCCAAACCCUGAGCCUUCUCCAACGCCAAACCCUGAGCCAAACCCUGAGCCUUCUCCAACGCCAAACCCUGAGCCUUCUCCAACGCCAAAGCCUGAGCCAAACCCUGAGCCUUCUCCAACGCCAAAGCCUGAGCCAAACCCUGAGCCUUCUCCAACACCAAACCCUGAGCCUUCUCCAACGCCAAAUCCUGAGCCAAACCGUGAGCCUUCUCCAACGCCAAACCCUGAGCCAAACCCUGAGCCUUCUCCAACGCCAAACCCUGAGCCAAACCCUGAGCCUUCUCCAACGCCAAACCCUGAGCCAAACCCUGAGCCAGACCCUGAGCCUUCUCCAACGCCAAAGCCUGAGCUAAAGGCUGAGCCUUCUCCAACGCCAAAGCCUGAG